UAAUUCUUUCCAUUUUGUAAUUUCAGAAAACUCCAGAAAAUCAGCCUAAAUAGAAUGAACAAAAGAUUAUUGGUACUUGGAAGGCAAGUGUGUCGCCAAUCCGGUCAAGAGCCGCCAUCUUUAAGACUCUUAGUUGUCAGUGCUAUCCAUGGCCACAAAUCCAAAGGAAACUAUUCCCAAGAGAUAAGCGCAAGGAAAUUGCAUACAUUUAAACGCAAGAAUGCUAGGGCAUUGGGAGACCCUGAAAACAGAGGGAGUCGUCAAAGUGGAGUAAAUUUUGACGUCCUUGGAUCAUGGAAUCACAGAAUCAAUACAUCUUUAGAUAUUGAACAAAGUAUAAAACGUGGGAAACCGAUCCCUCAGAUUGCACUAGAAAAUGUUGCUACUGCAUCAAUGACAGGCAGACGUAAAAGCAACGAGGACAGAGUCCAGGUUCAGAAACUGAGUCCCAAUCUGUUGUAUUUCGCGAUGUUUGAUGGCCAUGGAGGCCCCGAAGCAGCUGAUUACUGCCAUGAACAUUUACACGAGCGCAUCUUGUACUGGUCAGAGAGGGAGCAUGAUUUGCAGAAUGUGCUGAAGAUUUCUUUCAUUGAGACAAAUAACAUGUUGUCUAGAUACCUCUACUUUAGACAUUUAGCUGAGGGUACCCAUGAAAUUACUAACACCGGAACCACUGCCACAGUGUGUUUGAUACGCAACAAUGAGGAGUUGGUUGUCGGCCAUGUUGGGGACAGCCCUGCCCUGUUGUGUCGAGAAGAUCAUGUAGUGCGUCUGACAGAUGACCACUCACCAGAUGUCACUGCCGAGGUCGAAAGAAUCAAAAAACACAAGGGACUGAUCUCGUAUAACAGUCUCGGAAAGCCUACUGUGAAUGGACGUCUUGCGAUGACUAGAAGUAUUGGAGAUUUUGAGUUCAAACCUUAUGGAGUCACUGCCGAGCCUGACACCAGGUCACUUGAGAUCAAACAUGGAAAAGACGCUUUUCUCAUUCUAACAAGUGAUGGUGUUAAUUUCGUUGUGAGUGAUCAAGAAAUUAUUGAUAUAGUCAUAAACUGCAACAGUCCUAAAGAGGGUGCGAAUCUCGUCGCUGAUCAGGCGUUACAGUUCGGAUCAGAUGAUAACGUUACAACAUUAAUUGUUCCAUUUGGUGCAUGGGGGAAAUAUGCUAAUUCUGCAAGGGCCGUGCCAUACAGUUUUGGACGCAAUAUUAUGACAACAAGAUACUCCUGA